AUGAACUGUGGAAAGGAUACGAUGAGUUUUUUACUGGUCUUGGAUGGAUGUUUGCCUGGUGAACAUACCAUUGAAAUUGAUGGUUCAUAUACCUUUGUUGUCCACCCAGCAGGGAGAGUCCCAUUAUCCCUCAAAGAGCAGAUCAAAGAAGGAUUACAGAGGAUGGAAGAUGCUGGUGUUGCUGUCAAGCAAACAGAACCCACAGAUUGGGUCAACAGCAUGGUUACAGUAAUAAAACCCGAGAAAAUCCGAGUGAGGUGUAUUGAUUCGAGAGAUCUUAAUCGAGCGAUAAAAAGAAAACAUUAUAUCCAAUGAAAACGAUUGAAGAAGUUGUAGCUGGAAUGCCAGAAGCAAAAGUGUUCUCCGUGUUAGACGCCACUUCAGGAUAAUGGCAAAUGAAAUUGAAUGUUGCACUUUCAACACGCCUUUUAGACGUUACCGCUUCACACGACUACCACUUGGAAUUAAAUCGGGCCCGGAGGUUUUCCAAAAGAAAAUGUCACAGGUGUUGGAACUUGGAAGACAUUGAUGGUGCUGAAGCAAUAGUAGUAGAUGAUAUCUUGGUAGGGGGAAGGAUAUCCAGGAACAUGAUGCAAGGUUGAAGAAAGUCCUCGACCGAGUCCAAGAAGUCAACCUAAAGCAACCAGAAGAAGUGCCAAAUCAGAAAAGAAGAAAUUGCAUAAUUAUGUUGGUCAUCUUCUAACCAAGAACGGUCUCAAGCCAGAUCUAGAGAAAAUAAGAGCUGUACAAGCCAUGACCAAACCAUCCAACACAAAGUAUUUUUCGGCCGAGAAUCUCGGGUUUAUCCAAUACCUCGCAACGUUUUUACCCAAUAUGACCGAAGUCCAGUGCACCACUUCGACAGCUGCUGGAAAAGAACACAGCAUGGCAUUGGGCAAAGCAACAAGAAGAUAG